AAAGGUUAGUGUACUUACACAAAUGUUUAGAAAAGUGUGAGUGAUCUGUCAGACAGCGCACUCUCAUUUUACUCUCCUGGAGGUCCUCUCAUCUGCUGCCAUCAUGAACCUAAAGCUCCUCUUCUUUUGCCUCUUCUUAGCGGUGCUGCUCGUACCUGCUGAACUGAAGCAUAAAAAGGAUGACAAACAUGAUCAGCAUCAUUAUCGUGGGCAUGGUGAUCAUGGGCACCGUGAUCAUGGGCACCGUGGUCAUGGGCACCGUGGUCAUGGGCAUGGGCAUGGUAAAGGUGAGAAAAAGGGAGGAAGAUUUAAGGACAUAGUUGAAGACGAUUUCUUUAAGGUUAUAGAGGGAACUGUUGGUGAUGAUGAUGAUGACGAUGACCAGGGUAAUUCAGACUGGCUUCUUGAGCUUCAAAACCCAGCAGGCCGGUGCAACCCAAACCCUUGCUUAAACAACGGAGUGUGUGAGGAGAAAGGCAAGAAUAAUUUCAAAUGUGACUGUCCCAGGCCGUUCAAAGGAAGGAAAUGCGAGAAAGGUCCAAAAGUGUGUUGGAAAGGUAGAUGUGGGCGUGGUGAAUGUGUGCGGAUUCCGAAUCCCCCGUUUUAUGAGUGCAAAUGCAAGGCGCCUUUCCAGCCUCCAGACUGCAGACAUUAUGAAGUGUGUGAGCCUAAUCCAUGUAGGAAUGGUGGACAAUGCAUCAAGGAUGGUAAAGACUUUGACUGCCAGUGCCCUCCUGGGUACAGAGGACGUUUCUGCCAUGUUGGCCCAGAUGACUGCUUUGUGGAUGAUGGAGAGUCAUAUCGCGGCAAUGUGAGUGAGACAGAUGACGGUGACGAAUGCCUCUACUGGAACUCACACUUCCUCUUGGAGAAUGGAGCUGAUCCCUUCAGUUCCUUUGCGGACAAAGAUGGACUUGGUCCUCACAACUUCUGCAGAAACCCAGAUGGAGAUUCGAUGCCCUGGUGCUUCUUCAGAAGAGGCCGCAGGCUGCUGUGGGACUACUGUGAUGUGACAAAGUGUCCUGUGCCGACCGGUGUGGUGCCAACUGAAGUUAUCCCCACAGUCCCCCAUUCCACCUCUGCAGAGCCACAACCUACAAAACCUGAACCUACAGCAGACCCCAAACCGACAACCACCAAAAUGCCAACAACUACCACAACUCCAGUGACUGAAAAGCCCAGCCAGGCCCCAGAACCGUCUGCUGCACCCACCGAUGGUUCUAUCCACCCCACUGCCACUGUUCCACCACAACAGUUUGCCACCUGUGGGAAGCCUCAGCCAAAAAGGCCCAUUAUCCGAAUUUUUGGAGGUCUGAAAGUCGCUCCUGGAGCCAUACCCUGGCAAGUGUCUGUGCAAGUGAGACCAGAGAACACCAGCCAGCCAUUCAGCCACAUCUGUGGAGGAGUUCUUAUUGCUAGCUGCUGGGUACUGACAGCUGGACACUGCAUUGAACAAAGAAAGGACAUGCAGGUGGUUAUGGGAGGUCUGUCACUGGAUAUGCCCGAACACACAGAGCAAACCUUAAGGGUUGAGCAAGCCAUUUUACAUGAGAACUACAAGGAGACUCCUGCAUCUGUAUUCAAUGACAUAGCCCUGCUGAGGCUGAGUGGUACUAAUGGAGUUUGUGCCAUUGAGAGCCAGUUUGUGAAGGCAGCCUGUCUGCCUGAUGGCCAACUGCCUGAUGGGAUGGAGUGUACCAUUUCUGGAUGGGGUAUCACUGAGGAUUCUCAGCAUGGUUCCAACCAUCUGCUGAAGGCCAAUGUACUGCUGAUCAGCCAGGAGAAAUGCACUGAACCUGGUGUUUAUGGAAAAAACCUGGAUCAUACCAUGUUCUGUGCUGGCCACCUGCAGGGAGGGGUGGAUUCCUGCCAGGGUGACUCCGGAGGACCACUGACUUGUAAGCAGAAUGAUACCAGCGUUGUUUAUGGUCUGGUGAGUUGGGGAGACCAAUGUGGGAGGAAGAACAAGCCUGGGGUCUACACUCGGGUUUCUCAGUUUGUGAACUGGAUCAAAGCAAAGACUCAAGCAACAUUUCCAUAAGCUACAUGCUUGCAACAAACAAAGUGUCAUAUUUCAUUAUGUGAUGCAAUGUUCUUUUGAAGAGUGACAAAAUAAACUAAAAGAGAGAUGCAGAAAAGGA